AUGAACAUGAUGAACAAGAUCAUCGCCAUCGCCUGGGACUUCAUAGAGGCCAACGUUGACGAGUUGAACGAUGACGGUUCUGACGACGUUAUCCUCCACCUAAGCGAGCAUGAGGAAGUCUCCCUCGCCCAGCAGAGGGUGAACUCCCAAAAUAACCAGCAGUCGCAACAACUUCUGUCAAGCUGCAUUCCGCAAACCGAUGCAGACGCUCGAACCACACAGCUCUCGUCCCAGGGCGUGCCAACAGGAACGCACAGCGACGAAGACAGUGUCGCUGAGAACGAGCAGGGCCGUGCUGUUCCUAUCCAUGACGGAGGCGCUGAAAACGGCACGAACAAGACCCUCGACCACCACCACCGCGACCCACCUGCUGUUGGUUGUGACGGCAAUGACGGCAACGGCGGCAACGACGGCAACGAGGACGAUACGAACACCACCACCCCUACCACCAUCGCAACCACCGUUGACAAUGACAAGAGCCUCGACCACCACCACCACCACUGUGACCCACCUGCUGUUGGUUGUGACGGCAGCGAGGGCGACAACACGGCCGACAACACCCGCACUCAGGUCACUGACCCUUCAAUCGAUCACGGCAACAACACCCGCACUCGGGUCACUUACCCUUCAAUCGAUGGCAACAACACCCGCACUCAGGUCACUGACCCUUCAAUCGAUCACGGCAACAACACCAGCACUCGGGACACUGACCCUUCAAUCGAUAACGGCAACAGCACCAGCACUCGGGACACCGACUCUUCAAUCGAUGACGGCAACAGCACCAGCACUCGGGACACCGACCCUUCAAUCGAUGACGCCAACAACAGAGCACAGGCAUUUGUGACCUUCAUGGCACUUCUGACCUCUCUACGAAGUGGGAGUGAGAAUGGCAGUGCAAGGAAUGACGACGGUGGUGCUGAUGAUGUUCUCCUCGACCACACUGAAUUUAUUGCUCGGGCGAAUGAGGUGGAUGGCGAUUCCGUUGACAGUGCUGUUGAGGGCGAUGGCAGCAACAAUGAACCUGGUGAUAUUGGCGGGUUUUUCAUCGGCCGUCCAGUUCCUGGAACUGCUGUUGCAGUUGAUAGCGACAGCGACAGCGACAGCGAUGACGACGACGGCGACGAAGCUGGUGACAGCGGCAUUGACACCGACACGGACGAAGAAGCUGGUGACAGCGGCAUUGACACCGACACCAACGACUAA